AUGGCCAAAAGGUUAUCCCGCGAGGUCAGCACAUUUGCGGACAGAAAAUCUCCGUCACCGGCAAAAACACACGCUCUGAGAGAAUUGAUGAGCGGCUUCUUCCCAAGCAUGUCUUCUGCCAUGGCUGAUGAGGAACUCAAGCUACGCUUUGGGAAGAGCUCUUACCAGAAAGCUGUUAUGCUUUCCAUGGUAUGGAACAAGGGGAGUCUGCGUUCACAAUCGAUUGAAUUCGCCGCCGCGCGCCCCGUAUCUUCUUCGCCUCGAAAAUCAAAAUCGAGCGAAGCCAACCUCAGUAGCGCGCCAUUGCUUGCCUUCGUGGACCGGGAGUAUCCUCCUCGGGCUCGGAAAACCCUGUUCCGGGUACCGCCAGGUCCUUUGGACGACAGCUACAGAAGCUCACCUGUUUUGAACCUUAUUCAAUUGCGUUUAAAAGGGCUUGUACCUGCUGAUACCGACCAGUAUGCGUAUCUGGUAGUGGUUCUUAUCCCCAUGGCACAACAACAGCUUUAUGGGAAUGAUGGGCGUCGGCGGUUUAAAUUAUCUCCACCCGCCAACGAGGCUCUAUCUUCCGAUUUAAACUUCCUAGAGGGUUUUGCAAAUCCGGCAAGGACUCUUCACAGAAAGCCAGGCGGAGCUUCUUCAAUGCGCAUCGAUUACACGCGUGUGCCCAUAUGGCCCUUCUAUGGUCUCAAGGAGCGGCUAGCCAGUGCUUUGGGAUCUGAAGUGACAGGCGAACGAUUUGACGGCCCCGACUAUGAUUUUUAUGGCGAAGAGCUGUCAUCCAAUGAAGCGGGAUUGGUACGCAGACAAACAGACUCUGAACACUGCCUUGCUGCCUUGAAUUCGCAAAAGCCACUUCAGAGAAGCCCGGAUCGGUCAGGUAACAAAAGAACUUGGGCUUCAACCAGAACUCUUGAAGAUUUACCCUGA